UUCCGGUCCUUCUUUCCCUUCUCUUCUUCUCUCAAUCUAUCCAUCGCUCUUCGGCAAGCGAUACCAUUUCUAUCGGUCAAUCUCUCUCUGGAAGCCAGACGAUGAUCGCCAAGGAAGGCAACUUUGAGCUGGGCUUCUUCACUCCAGGUAACUCCGGCAACUACUACGUAGGCAUAUGGUACAAGAAACUCCCGGGGCAGACUGUUGUUUGGGUGGCAAACAGAGGCAACCCCGUCUCCAACGCCUCCGGUGCAGAGUUGCAUCUCUCCGAUUAUGUCAAUUUAGUCGUCCUCAACAGCUUCAAAGUCCCCGUCUGGUCUUCCAACUCCACCAUAUCAACCUCGAACGCCAGCGUGGCGGUCCUUCUCGACACCGGAAAUCUUUUGCAGAAAGAUGGGUCGAACUCGUCCACUCUACUCUGGCAGAGCUUCGAUCAUCCCACCGACACAUGGAUGCCGGGAGGAUGGCUUGGAGUGAACAAGAUCACAGGGGAGUACCAGAGCAUCACCUCGUGGGAGAACCCGGAGAACCCUGCGCCCGGGCCGUUCGCUUAGUGCAUGGACCCUGACGGCUCCAACCAGUAUGUUAUCCUGUCGAAUGGAUCUGAAAUCUAUUGGAGUAGCGGGCUGUGGAACGGCCAGUACUUUAUCGGAGUCCCUGGAACCAAAGAAAGCACUGCGUUCAACUUCACCUUCGUCGACAACAGUGACCGGAAGUUCGCUACGUACACGAUCACCGAUAGUGCUUUCAUAACUCACUACGUGAUCGACUUAGCCGGGCAGAGCAGGCAGUGGUACUGGCUCAACACGACCCAGGAAUGGCAGACAGUCUUCACGCAACCAUUAGCUCACUGCAAUGUCUAUUCUCUCUGCGGUGCCUUUGGCAUCUGCAACCAGAAGAGCUCCCAACUCUGCCAGUGUCUGGUUGGAUUUGUGCCGACUUCGAUCCAUGAGUGGCAGCUGAAUGACUGGAACUCAGGAUGUAAAAGAAGAACUGGAUUACAGUGCGGGAAUCGAACCUCGGACAACGGAGAGAAAGAUGGAUUUCUGUUUAUGCCCAACGUGGGAUUGCCUGCCAACCCAAGGAGAUUGACGGCUGGAAGUGAUAAAGAAUGCAAAGCAGCUUGCUUGAGCAAUUGCUCGUGCACCGCAUACUCCUUCCAAAAUGGAUGCACGAUUUGGAGCGGGGCUCUUCGGAUCCUUCGGCAGCUUGAUGAUGGUGACAAAGAGGGUGGUGGUCCUCUUUACAUCCGCCUUGCCACCACCGAUCUCCCCAGUUCGAGCGGUAGUUCUCAUAAGCUGACUACAGGAAUCGUCAUAGGAAUAGCUGCUGCAGGAGUCGUCAUCUCUUUUGUCGCCGUCUUCGUCCUAAUUUGGGCUUGUCGAAGAAGGAAAAUAACCCAAACGUCAAAGCAAGCAGAUGCUUCUUUGAUCCCAUUUCCAUACAGCGAUUUGCAGCGUGCCACCAAGAACUUCUCUGAGAAGCUGGGAGGUGGAGGCUUUGGCGUUGUCUACAAAGGCACUCUGCCAGACUCGGCCGUGGUAGCCGUGAAGAAGCUCGAAGUGUGCUCAGGCAGGGCGAGAAGCAAUUCUGAGCAGAAGUGAGCACACUGGGUGCGGUUCAGCAUGUCAAUCUUGUUCGUCUUCGUGGCUUCUGCUGCGACAGAGACGAAAGGCUUCUGGUCUACGAGUACAUGCCCUACUACAGACUUCGGCAUGGCGAGGAUUCGAUACCCCUCCAAGGUAGAUGACCUACUGUAGACCAACACUAGUUCUCAAGCUGAAGCUUCACGGUUAAAGACGAACACCUUUUAUGGUAGCUUUAUGCUGCACUCUUCCAUUCCAAUGCUUACAUACUUCAAAUCGUAAUAGACCUAAUUAAAUGUUUGUCUAUUGAUCAAACUAUAUACAGAGAGAGAGAGAGAGAGUACUCUUUCUCUCUCUCUCUCUCUCUCUCUCUCUCUCUCUCUCUCUUUCUCUUUCUCUUCGUAUCAAAUUGGCAUGAAAGAUAUGGUUGAAAUAACCAGCAAUUUUCAACCUAAAGUUUGUCAUGUCAAAUUAUUCAAGGCCUCAAUCAAGCUGUGGAUUUCUGAUAUCUUACUGCAUUUUGGUC